AUGGAUUCCGAGCUGACUGGGAAGCGAAUAUCAAAAGAGGAAUAUCUUCAAUCAAAGCAAAAGAAAGUGAUAGAGAAGCCAAAGGAGAUCAAAUUGGAAUGGGGCCAAGGUUUAGCUCAGAAGCGUGAUGCUGAAGCUAGACUACAGGAACUUGAGCUUGAGAAGGAUAAGCCAUUUGCUCGGACCAGGGAUGAUCCCGAGCUUGAUCAAAUGAUGAAAGAAAGAGUUAGAUGGGGAGAUCCAAUGGCUCAUUUGGUCAAGAAAAAACAGCACGAGACACCUCUUAUGGAUCUAGGGGACAAUGAGGAUAUGAAAAAAUCUGGGUUUGUCAUACCACAAAGUAUCCCAAAACAUAGCUGGAUAACAAGAGGAUUAGAAGCUGCACCUAAUCGGUAUGGAAUAAAGCCCGGUAGACAUUGGGAUGGAGUUGACCGCAGUACCGGACAUGAGAAGGAUAGGUUUAAGAAGACAAGUGAGAAAAAAGCAACGGAAAGAGAAGCUUACCUUUGGUCUGUUUCUGAUAUGUGA